AAAAUCAUAUAAUUACUCUGGUACAAAGAUAUUAGUAGAAAUGCUAUCCUCGUGGCUGAUAUAAGAGUAUUAUGAAAAACCUCCCUAAAACCUCGUUCCCCAAGUCUUCUUCGCGUCCAAUGGCUUUGGCUCCUACUUUCUCGUGCUCUGCCAAGGAGCUUCGCAACGUCCCUUCAUUCCAAUUCUCUCAAUGCAGAUUUCUCCAGUCUUGUUCAUCCUCUCCAUUUAUGAGAGACGGAGGUCAUCUCCAUCUCCAUAUCCAUCUUCAUUUUCAACUCCAGGCUCUUACAAGUGUAGAAGGGAAAUGGAACAGAGCAAGCAGGAAAUUCCACACGUGCAGAUGCAGAGGCAUAGAGCAAGCUAAGGACGAGAGACCCAGAAGGAGACGAGACCAGUCAGAGAAAGGAAUUAAUCCAGUGGGGUUUCUGGAGAGGCUUGGUAUUCAGCAUAAAGCGUUUUCACAGUUCCUCAGGGAAAGAUACAAAGCUUUGAAGAAUCUAAAAGAUACCAUUUGUCAAAGGGAUGAAAAUUUGUUGGAGUUAGCUUCAGCAUAUGAGGAUAUGGGAUUACAUCGUAAUCCUUAUCAUGGUGUUGAUUUUAUGGAGUGGGCACCUGGUGCACGUUCUUGUGCUCUUAUUGGUGAAUUUAAUGAUUGGUCUCAGACAGAGAACCAUGCAAAGGAAGGAUACUUUGGCCGAGAUGAUUAUGGAUAUUGGCGGAUAUCUCUAGAAGAUAAACUCCGUGAUGGAGAGGAGGAAGAAAAAUACUAUUUUCAAGAGUACAAUUAUGUAGAUGACUUUGACCAUGGUGACAAUGAUGUUGAUAUUGAUGCAUUAUUCCAGAAAAUGAAUGAUGAUUAUUGGGAACCAGGAGAAGAUGAGUACUUGAAUAAUGAUGUUGCUGAGAGAUUGUACAAGGAAAUAUUUGAUACAAAUAGUUCCCUAACAGAAGAAGAACUAGACAAUAUUCCUGAUGCAGAGACAAGAUACAAAGCUUGGAAAGAAAGCCAAAAAAAUGCACCUCAGAGCAACUUGCCUCCUGUUGAUGUGAUUGAUGAUGGGACAAUGCAUGAUAGUGUGCAUAUUGUAGAUGACCCUGUUUGGCGUAAACGAGUUAGAACAAAGAAACCUCCUCUUGCAUAUUGGGAGGAGUUACGAAAGGGAAGGAAAGCAUGGAUGAAAAAAUAUAUUCCAUGUAUUCCUCAUGGCUGUCGAGUUAAGGUUCUUUUGAAUACUCCAGAAGGUCCUUUGGAACGUGUUCCAGCUUGGGCUACAUAUGUUUUGCCUGAUCCAGGUGGAAAACAAGCUAGUGCAAUUCACUGGGACCCACCUCCAGAAAAUGUUUUUGUGUGGAAAAAUAAGCGGCUGAAAUUACCAUCAACUCUACGCAUUUAUGAGUGCCAUGUUGGAAUAAGUGGUUCAGAACCCAAAAUUUGUUCCUUCAUUGAAUUCUCACAAAAGAUGCUUCCCCACAUCAAAAGUUGUGGAUACAAUGCUAUACAAUUGAUGGGAGUGCAAGAACAUUUUGACUAUGCAAGCGUUGGUUACAAGGUUACAAAUAUGUUUGCAGUAAGCAGUCGACUUGGCAGUCCUGAGGACUUUAAACAACUAGUUGAUACUGCACAUGGAUUAGGAUUGCUAGUAUUCAUGGAUAUUGUACAUUCAUAUGCUGCUCAGGAUGAGAUGGUUGGUUUGGCAUCAUUUGAUGGUGCAAAUGAUUGCUAUUUUCAUCGUGGGAAGAGGGGACACCAUAAGUAUUGGGGUACACGGAUUUUCAAAUAUGGGGACUAUGAAGUCAUAAGAUACCUUCUUUCUAAUUUAAAGUGGUGGGUUGAGGAAUAUCGAGUUGAUGGCUUCCAUUUCCAUUCGAUUUCGUCAAUGCUUUACACUCACAAUGGCUUUUUUAACUUCACAGGUGAUUUAGAAGAAUAUUGCAACCAGUAUGUGGACAGCGAUGCUCUUCUUUACUUGAUUUUGGCAAAUGAGAUGUUGCAUCAGCUUAAUCCAUCCAUAAUAACAAUUGCCGAAGAUGCAACAUAUUAUCCUGGAUUAUGUGAGCCAGUUACCCAGGGAGGAUUAGGUUUUGAUUUUUUUGUCAAUACUUCCAUACCAGAAAUGUGGCUAUGGUUCCUUCAGAAUGUUCCAGAUCAUGAAUGGAAUAUGUAUACGAUGGUGGACGCUUUGAUAAAAAAUGUUCAGAGGACUGAAAAGAUGCUAGUUUAUGCAGAAAAUCAUACACAAUCUAUUACCGGACAGAUGUCUUUUGCAGAGGUUCUGUUCGGAGAUUCCCAAAAUGAAUUUUCCAAGGAAGCAGUUGCAAGGGGGGUAUCUCUUCACAAAAUGAUCCGGCUGAUAACAUUAAGCAUCAGUGGUGAUGCCUACUUAAAUUUCAUGGGCAACGAAUUUGGUCACCCUGGAAAAGUUGAGUUUCCCAACCGGAGGAAUAAUUUCUCAUUUGCCCAUGCUUGUCGUCAAUGGAAUCUCCCUAGCGAUGGAGGAUUACAUAAUCAGCUACUUGCAUUUGAUCAGGCUAUGAUGAAGAUGGAGGAAAAAGAAAGAGUUCUAGAAAGAAGGCCUGCAAAGAUAUAUCAAAUAAACGAUUCAGCUAAGGUCAUAGUAUAUACACGUGGUUCUCUUCUCUUUGUGUUCAACUUCCACCCCACAGACUCAUAUACUGGUUAUGAAAUUGGAGUAGAAGAAGCUGGCGAGUAUCAGAUUAUACUGGAUACUGAUGAAACAAUAUAUGGUGGGAUAGGGCAUCUUAAAUCAGAUGAAAGUAGACAAAGAACUUUGCGGAAAAGGACCAGCAAUUUUCUCAACACUCUUUGUCUGUUCUUGCCCAAGCAAACCGCUCAGGUCUACAAACUAGCUCGAAUUCUCCGCAUUUGAACAUAUAGAUCAAUUAACUGUUUAAUGGUGAGUGCUUUCCUAAGAUUUUGAUUACACAGGUUGAGUUGAUUUGUGCUAGUGAUUUGUUAUAAUUCCUUGGUUCUGUGAAAUAUGUAAAUUAUACGAGUGAAAGAUGAAUCUUCAUGAUUAAUGAGGGGAGGCAUGUUUAUCAGAGAGGGACUGGCUUGGAAAUUAACAUUUUGUAUCAUAGUAACAUGUAAUUACAAGCUGAAAUGAUGUAUUUUUACAAAUCGGCUAUUUAGGUCUCAAGGCCAAAACUCUGCUUUUUACUAUUACAAUAAGAUGGCUAUCCAGAUAUAUAUAUAUAUAUAUAUAUAUAUAUCCACAAUUUUUCUA